GCGACAGAAAAAUUACAGCGUAGAAGAAGAAAUUUGUCGGCUCUUGACGUACCAAAAGUCUCCCGACGACCGAGCAACACUCACAUAUAUUUUUAUCCGUGAUACAAACUAACAGGUUAAAAGAGUGUGUGAAACGGUGAUGGAUAUCGUCUUGUACCUGAUAGCUGCCGCUAUCCUCGCUGUGCUGCUGCUGUUUGCGGUGAAGUUGCGGAAAAGGACGGAGGAAGCUGACAGAGAGCAUGAGCAAGCUGUUGUCCAAGCGGCGGGGGUCCGUCCACAGGCCGCUGUUGAGGAGCGAGGAGCUGGCAUGCCGCGUAGGAGGAGAAACCUUGCAGGGGCGAUGGCCAACAGAAGACCGCAGAGGGAAACAGUGGAGCUUGAAGAACAAGAGCAGCAGCACCAGGACGAGGAGGAUGAUGAUGAGGCAGAACAGCAGAGCUUCCAGCCAUUGGCAAAAAUUGGAGCCAAGAAGCAAAAGAAGCUGGAGGAGAAACAGGCUAAGAAAGCCCAGCGAGAGGCUGAGCUAGAGGAGCGUGAAGAAAGGAAGAGGAUGCAAGAGCUCAGAGAGCAGGAGAGACAACAGGAGGAGGAGAAAGAACGGCUCCUGGAAAAGAAACAGGAAGAGGAUGAGCGGCGAGCCAAAGAGGAGCAGGAGAAACGGGAGGAGGAGGAGUACCUAAGGCUCAAAGCCUCCUUUGUGAUAGAAGACCAGGGUGAGGAGGAGCAACUCAAUGAAGACCAGUCACGUAACCUUCUCCAAGAAUUUAUCGAUUACAUAGAGAGUUCUAAAGUUGUUCUGCUGGAGGACUUGGCCUCUCAUUUUGGAAUGAGAACAAAAGAUGCUAUUGCUAGACUGCAGGAAUUGCUAGCAGAAGGCUCCCUCACAGGGGUCAUUGAUGACAGGGGGAAGUUCAUAUCCAUCACUCCGGCAGAAAUGGACGCAGUGGCACAGUUCAUCAAACAAAGAGGUCGAAUUUCUAUCACGGAGUUGGCCCAUGCCAGUAACACUCUGAUCAAUUUGAAACCAGAGAACCGCAACACUGCUUGAUGGACAGGAUGUAACUCAGACAACAUCCAGCAUCACAAUGUUUCAAUAGAAUUUGGGCAUUUAUACAAAAUUCUCCACUUUCUAACCCUCAUGCGGUGAACCUUCCAGCCCAAACUUUCUGCAGGUCAUUCAAACAAACCCUCUAAUAAAAGGGAGUCCCAACCACUGCUGAGAGAUCGCCACGUGUGACACAGGAAAUCAUCCAAUUUCACUUAAAUGGUCAGAAAGUUAUUUAUUUAUUGAUUACAAAUAAUGUUUAUAUAUGCCAGUGAGGUAUAGUGACAGAACAAUGACACAAUCAAAAGAAAUGAAAUCCAUUAAAAUUAUUUUAUUUUUUAAAUCAGAAA